AUGUGCAAUAAAGUCGCGUCGCUCAUCAGACGGGUUAGGGGAAGCUCCAACAGUCUCCUGCAGGUCGUGGCCGGGAGGCAGGACAGUGCCGUGCUCGGCAGGUUCAACGAGCUGCAUGCUCCGAGUGUAUCCAAAGUUUGUGUCUUCAUACUCGUAUGUCUCGGCGUAUUGGUUGCGAUCCAAUCCUGGCUCCCAAGAGUAUCAGCAAAGCAGUCAGACCUGGACGCCUACAUGGUCGACGCCCGCUCCGACCUCCGCAACUACGUAGUCGGGCUCGACUACCCUGGUGACUACGGCCCGGAACCUGACCGUGACCGCCCGGCGCCGCUACCCGAGUUCAUCGUCGACUACGCAAAUAUGAUCAGAAACGAUAUAAUCCUGCUGGAUAACUCGGUGGAAACUAGGACGAGGAAGAGGGGGAAUAUUAAAGUCAAAAAGCACUCUAAUGUCAGUAUACUGUAG